AAAAGAAAACUAUUGUAAAUUCUCUUUGCUCGCAUAAUCAUUACGUCAACAGCUCGUGCUGGUUCUGCGUUUUAAUCAAGUUAUGGAAUUACAACUUGCAGUGUGUUCCUUCUUACAGGGUGUUUUCUAAUUAAUAUUCACAACCACUUUAGGUUCAACUGUUGCUCCACCUGCCACGACAGCCGCACCUACACCACCAGCACCAACGACUACAGCUCCACCAGUAGCCUUUGGCUGCAACUUUGAUAAAUCCAUGUGCGGAUUUCUUCAGGACAAAAAUGACAAGUUUGAUUGGACUCGAAAUAAAGGAGGCACUCCAUCUACUGGUACGGGACCAUCCGCUGACCACACCACCGGAACUGGAUACUUCAUGUACACGGAAACAUCAAGUCCUCGACAGCAAGGUGACAAUGCAAAACUAAAUAGCCCCAAGCUGCAAUUCAGCGGGAACAUGUGUCUUCAGUUCUUUUAUCACAUGUAUGGUUCAACCAUGGGGACAUUAAACGUGGAAGUAAAUGGAGUAAACGUGUUCAGUAAAAGUGGAGACCAAGGCAAAAUUUGGCAUGAAGCGAAAAAAGAUGUAAAUUUAUCGGGAAUGUUCACGGUUACAUUUGAGGGAAUAACGGGAACAAGUUGGAAGGGUGACAUAGCAAUAGACGAUUUCCUGUUAACCCCAGGGAGAUGUUUAUCAAGUAAGUCCGUAACAAGUUAAAUUUCUAUGUUUCGU